AUGUAUAUCGGUUACGCAAAAGGGCCAACAGAGAGGCCAGAAGUGAAUUUAUCCUACAGAAACGUAAAGUAUUCUCUUGAGGAAAGUCUGAUGGAAGACCAGGGACCUGGUUGUGAUGUGCCGAAGUUGGAUCCCUUCGCGCCAGAGGGUAUGAAGUUCCACAGAACGUUGUCGCCCAUCAAAUGUAGUGAACGUGACUGGGUGACUUGUUACCUAUCAGAAUGCAGACCAACUGAAGAAACAGUCCGUUCAAUAACGGACUUAGAGUGUAUUUACUAUGAUAUUAUUUACAUCAAUGAUGAGAACUGGGAUUACGGCAAUGCGACAGUCGUCUCUGGAGAUAGUAUCUACUAUCUGGUUGAGAGUGAUCAUGUCAAGAUUACGUGUACAGGCAUUUAUACUAGCAGAAUAAGCAGGAUACUAUUUGGUAAAGUAUCGUGGUCUGGAUACGGUUGUGGGUUCCGGAGGAAGGUGAACCAUGAAAGUCCUCCUUCUGGAAUGGAGGAUAACUAUGACGUGCUUAUAAUCGCCUUUGACUCGACGUCUAAAAACGGUUUCAUUAGAAAAAUGCCUGUGAGCUACAAGUAUAUUACCAAGGAACUUCAAGCUACUGUUUUAAACAAAUAUAACAUAGUGGGUGACGCAACCGUAGCUGCGCUGUUCCCCAUUCUGACUGGCAAAACUGACUCGGAGCUGCCUGAGUCGAGGAAGGAUGUCGAUGGCAGCGUAUAUCUAGACCAUGAAGAUUUCAUAUUCUAUAGAAUGAAAAAGAACGGUUACCGAACAGCAUAUUUCGAAGACAUGCCCUGGGUGGGGACUUUCCAGCUAUACCAUAACGGUUUCCUCCACCAACCAGCCGAUCAUUACCUACGAGAUAUAUACAAGUACGAAGAGGGUUUUAAAAAUUCUAAGUGGUGGCCCAACUGGAAGUGCUUUGGUGAGCAACCGAGAUUCCAAUUUAUGAUAAAUUUGACUGAACAGUUUUACAAACUUGAGGGAAAACACUUCAGUCUAACUUUCAUAGCUGACGUGACACACGGUGAUUUCAACCACAUUGACAACGCUGAUAGACCUCUGGCGGAGUUUUUGAAGAGUAUGUACGAUAAAGGAACUUUUCAGAACACACUUCUUAUAGUUAUGGGUGACCAUGGUCCAAGGUUCGCUAAUAUUCGCGAUACAUACCAAGGAUUCAUAGAGGAACGUUUACCGUUCAUGGCUAUUCGUUUGCCAGAUAACCUCAGAAGAAUACGCCUUGAUGCCCAGACAGCUUUGGAGAACAAUGCUGAGGUGUUGACAACUCCUCACGACAUCCACGCCACUAUCCUUGAUGUCGUCAACUUAACGCCAUAUUGGAACUUCUACAAAGUCAAGGGAGCUGAUGUGUUGAGAGCUCUGACUUUGCUUCAGCCGUUACCCAGCAACCGUUCAUGCAGUGUAGCAGGAAUAGAAGACCACUGGUGCACCUGUCUCCAUUGGGAAGAAGUGAAGCCUGAAGAACCAUUAUACAUGCCAGUUGCUCAAGCUCUGGUUGAUUAUAUCAAUAAACUGACUGAGUCUGAAAGACAACAUUGUGCGUUGAGGACUCUCCGUUCUGUCCAAUGGGUGGUGAAACAUAAAGCUCACGUUGAGAUCCUGAGGAAUCUUGGCAGCGUGUAUCAGGUCAAGAUAACUGUGGGACCUGGCAAGGGCGUGUAUGAAGCAGCAAUGACAUACAUGUCACAAAAAGGCGAGUUCUUCAUCAGCUCAGCGCAAAUAUCCAGAGUCAAUGCAUAUAAAGAUGAGCCGAAAUGCAUAACUGAAACGCACCCUCAACUCAACAAGUACUGCUACUGUAUGUCUUCAAACUAUUAA